CAGGCCGGGCCGAGCUGGGGGGCGAGGGUCGGGGGUCCCUGGGCCCGAGGCCUGGCCCCCAUGGACGGCUCGGCCGUCAUCACCCAGCUCAGCAGGGAGGAGGUGCGAAGCCCCCUAAGGGGGAAAGGCGACCCCACCCAGGCCCCUUCCACGAAGCCUCGGAGAAGAAGGAUCUGGAAGUACUUCUGCUGCUUGUGUCCUAAGGACCCCGAAGCCCCCCACCCCGUCAACAACAACCCCCCGCUGCUGGUGGAGGAGAAUGGAGCGGUCCCUAAGGCCGGCGGCAAACAGCUGCUCCCCGAAGCCAGCAGUCAGGACGCCAGCAAAAUCUGCAUGGUCAUCGACCUGGACGAGACUCUGGUACACAGCUCCUUCAAGCCGGUGAACAACGCCGACUUCAUCAUCCCGGUGGAGAUCGAUGGGAUCGUUCAUCAGGUGUACGUCCUGAAGCGGCCAUUCGUGGAUGAGUUCCUGCAGCGGGUCAGCCAGAUGUUUGAGUGCGUCCUCUUCACUGCCAGCCUGGCCAAGUACGCCGACCCCGUGGCCGACCUGCUGGACAAGUGGGGGGCCUUCCGGGCCCGGCUCUUCCGGGAAUCCUGCGUCUUCCACCGGGGAAACUACGUCAAGGACCUGAGCCGGCUGGGCCGGGAACUGGAGCGGACGCUUAUCCUGGACAACUCGCCCGCCUCCUAUUUCUUCCACCCCAACAACGCCGUGCCGGUGGCCUCGUGGUUCGACAACAUGGCCGACACGGAGCUCCACGACCUCCUGCCCUUCUUAGAGCGGCUGAGCCGCGUGGACAACGUCUACUCCGUGCUCAACCAGCCAAGGACUAGCAGCUAGUGGGGGUGGGCCGGGGGCGAGCCACCUGCCGCCCCUCUCCCCUCGCCCCAACUUCCCUCCUUUUUUUACACGAAUCUUUUAAAUGCCGUGCCAUGGGCCAAAAGCCCCCGCCCCUCCAGACCUCAGCUCGGGGCCGGGAGGAACCGGGAUACCAAAUUCCUGGCUUCCGGCCUCCACUCUGUGCCUUACCCCCGUCCUUGGGGGGCUACCGGAUUGAGGGGGAGGCCUUGCGGCCCGCGCCGUCCCGCCCCCACCCAGGUUCCCCCCUCUCACUGCCAAACUGGGGCGGGGGCUUUCCCGCCAGCGCUUCCCCAUCCCGGAGAGGUAGAGGGAGGGUCAAAGAUCCCUAAGUGCCUUGCUCAGAGCACCCCUCUUCCUCCUCCUCCUCCUCCCCUCAGGCUGUCUGUGCCAACCUCCCUCCUCCAGGCCGUGGGACGGCGGGGGCUAGCCGUCCCUCCCCGUCUGCCUUAACCGAUUGCCCCGCCGACUCUUCCCGUGGAGCCUUGGGGCUUUUUUAAUCCGUGGCCCGUUCGCUGUGCCAUAUAAAUAUGUAUAUGUGUGUAUAUAGAUUUUUAGGGAACGGGACGGUGGGGAGGGGGAGAGAGCUGGGGCCUAGUGAGGGGGGACAGGAAGGAUUCUAUAAAAAAAAGCCAAACCCGUUAUUUUCUAAGUGGGACAAGCCACCCCGAGCCUCCUAUCCCGGCUGGGGUCUCUUCCGGUCCUCCAGUUACGUGGGGGGCAGUUUGGUGUCCGUCCUUUGAACCCUGACCUCUCCUAUAAAUGCCUCCCCUCUCCUGUGCCCCCCAAAGUCUCCCUGGCUUUGGACACGAGUGGGUUUAGGGAUGGGUGGGGGGGUGUUAGGGCCUUCAACCCCCCGUCCUCUCCCAUAAAUGCCUUCCCGCUCCUGUGCCCCCCAAAGUCUCCCUGGCUUUGGACACGAGUGGGUUUAGGGAUGGGUGGGGGGGUGUUAGGGCCUUCGACCCCCCGUCCUCUCCCAUAAAUGCCUUCUCGCUCCUGUGCCCCCCAAAGUCUCCCUGGCUUUGGACACGAGUGGGUUUAGGGAUGGGUGGGGUGGGUUUAGGGCCUUCAACCCCCUGUCCUCUCCUAUAAAUGCCUUCCCUCUCCUGUGCCCCUCAAAGUCUCCCUGGCUUUGGACACAAGUGGGUUUAGGGAUGGGUGGGGGGGGGGGUUUAAGGCCUUCAGCCCCCCCGUCCUCUCCUAUAAAUGCCUCCCCUCUCCUGUGCCCCCCAAAGUCUCCCUGGCUUUGGACACAAGUGGGUUUAGGGAUGGGUGGGGGGCUGUUAGGGCCUUCAACCCCCCGUCUUCUCCUAUAAAUGCCUUCCUGCUCCUGUGCCCCCCAAAGUCUCCCUGGCUUUGGACACGAGUGGGUUUAGGGAUGGGUGGGGGGGUGUUAGGGCCUUCAACCCCCCGUCCUCUCCCAUAAAUGCCUUCCCUCUCCUGUGCCCCCCAAAGUCUCCCUGGCUUUGGACAUGCGUGGGUUUAGGGAUGGGUGGGGUGGGUUUAGGGCCUUCAACCCCCCGUCAUCUCCUAUAAAUGCCUUCCCUCUCCUGUGCCCCCCAAAGUCUCCCUGGCUUUGGACACGAGUGGGUUUAGGGAUGGGUGGGGGGCGGGGGGGGGGCCGUUUAGGGCCUUCACCCCCCAUCCUCUCCUAUAAAUGCCUUCCCGCUCCUGUGCCCCCCAAAGUCUCCCCAGCUUUGGACACGAGUGGCUUUAGGGACGGGGGGGUUAGGGCUUUCACCCCCCUGUCCUCCCAGCUUUUAAUUCCUCAGGAGAGGAAUGAGAGAGAUUCAGGAGAGGUUAGCCCUGUCCUGGCUGCAUUUUUCCCCCCGCUCCCUCCCUAGCCAGGAGGGGGUUGGGUGCUACAGCCAAGGGACCAGGGCACUGCCAUGUUUGUGGGGU